CUAAUAACUUUAAGAACACCAAUCCAUAAUGCAGAAGAAAAUCGCUGACGAAGAUUUCCGUGCCAGGAUAAAUUCGCUGAGUAUUUUGGGCUCCACGUUGUCGUUGCGUUUGCCCGCCGUAAUAGAACGUAAAUACCUGGAGCACAACGACGUACGCAUCUAUCCAGCAGCCGUAGUGAUGGAGAACGCCUUCGAAAUGAAGCAGUUCAGUGAAAAGAUCGUGAUAAAGAAUUGCGGAAGAACCAUGGCCAACGUACGCAUAUUGUCGCCCAAUUCUAACUACUUCGCCUUGCACACCAUACCCAAUGGCAUAAGCAUUGCUCCGGGCGUAGAAAUUGUGAGGUACAUAAAGCACGAGUACCGUGCCCAAACGUCUCUUCAACAGGUCACCUUUCCCAUCCUCAUAAACGACUUCGAGAUAAGCUACAAUAUUAUUGUCUCGGUUCCUCAAGUUGUUGUGAGUUUGGACACGGAUCGUUUGGAUUACGGCAAGCUGGACGUCGGAGACUCCGACAGAAAAACCGUAACACUCACUAACACGGGGCACAAAUCGGGCCAGUACCACGUAGACAUUGUGCACAGCUUGGAACUGCAAAUAAUGGUCUGCCCCAAGAAAGGAAUAGUGCCAGCUUUGAAAAGCGUAACCAUAGACAUAGAGGUAAUUGCAAUGAGACCUGGAAAGUAUCUAAGGGAGGUUUGGAUUAAAACUGAGCCUUUACAAAGGGUUCUUAUUAGCCUUGAAAUUAUAGCACCGGAACUGCUACCAAUGCAUCCCCAGACUGAUUAUCACAUAACCAUUAUAGACUUUCCUAGAAUUUAUUUUGGAAGCAGUUGCACCAAAAGUUUGGUGAUUAAUAACCACAGUGCUUUGCCCACUAUGUUUUAUGUCAUGGCUGAAGUUGAAGGACAACUCAUGGAGGUUGAAAAAGCUGCAGAAGAGGAUGCAAAUUACGUUUUGUUUACUAUUUCAUGUGUGGAGGGGAGGAUUGCUCCACAUGGUGCCAUAAUAAUAGAAAUAAAGUUUUCUCCACGUAAAAGUCUUGUAGCCAGGAAUAAAACGCCAAUCGGCUUAAUUCGCAUCAUCAAAAUACCUUUUAGAGAUAUUACAGCCAAAGAUAACCGUAACUUCAGCAAAUUAACAGUUCAAACAAAAUUUUUCAUUGCAUCAUUUCCAGAAUAUAUUUCAGCUAUUCCAGAAGAUGAUACUACGCCAUCAGCAAAAACAGAACCCUGGAUGCUUCAGAAAUGA